AUGAAUCGGAUAAUUUUGAAUCGGCCAAGUGUGCUUCUCCAGUCGAUUAGAUUCAAGGGCGAUAAUCAGCAUUCAACAGGGCCGACGAUGCGUCAUAAUUGGCGCCAACGAAAUGAUCGUCGAACGAUGCUCAAAUCUAAAAUGAAGCAUAUUGUCAAGAAUAAUUUGAAAGUGGUUUACUCGCCCGAAACUGGAGCUAGCCAUCUUGCCGGACAAUUGGACCCAGUUGCGUACAACAUUGUAAGAACGGAGACGCAGAGGAUGAUGGACGAAAGAACAGAGCGAAUCGAAAACUAUUUGGAAAAAGAAGUUGCUCGAAUGAAAAAAGAAGGAGUCCGCCCAAUUGAAAUUGAAAACGAAAAAUUAAAAAUCAUUAACGAUUUCAAAGGAAACGACUUUUAUUAUAUGCCUUCUCAGAUGUCCAAAUAA